CACAGAAGAAUGAGUUAAACUUAUUGUAAGAUUGUGAUCAAGGGGGAUUGUCGGGAGGGUGUAGGAGAGAAGAGGAACAAGUAUUUCCCUUGUGGAUACUAUGGUGGUAGUGCGACGAAAAGCUAAUCGAAGAGUAGUGCACCGUUCAGAAACAAAACGCGACACCUAUGUUAAUCUUUGGAGGGAGUUUUUGGUCUUCCAUUCGAGCGUCAACAAGACGGCUAAGAGGUUGACCCUGGCCAAAGGCCAAAAACCGAAUGUUACUAUGAACGUAUCAACGGUAUUUCCCGAGGGACACACAGGAAACGGACAGGAAACACGUCGCAAAAACUCACACACCUCGAAAGAAGAUGAAGAUCAGACGAGGGAAUUAUGCUGUCGUGAGUUCACUUUUUAUUAUAUCAACGUAUUUACUACUUAA